AUGUCAGAUCGGCAAAUCCCAUCAGUAACUCUCACAGACCUCCAAUCCUUCCAAGCCAAACACUUUCCCGGCAGCGAGCCACCCGCUGCAUUCACCCCCCUAGAACCCGCUGUGGUUGACGACUCUACCUACAAUGACGAGGAAGAUCUGGGCUACUACCCCGACGGGGUGAAGCGCACUCUCACCGACGAGCAGAUCGAAAUCUUCAGGCACAGUGAGAUCCACUCGCUGCUGCGGGAAAGACAGCUGAGGGAGGAGAACCGGUCAGAGGACGAGGAAGAGGUCGCUGAUUUGCACGAACCGGCUCACAGUGCUGCAGAGAGUAAACCAGCUAGUGCUGCUGUCAGUGAGUUCUCUGCGAAGAAACGGCCUCUGGCAAGUGCAGACACCGCGUUGGAUUAUGACGAGCAGCCUACUGGUCCUACCGGCGUCAAGAGAGGACUCCCGGCCGGCCAUAACCCGCGAUAUACCGGUCGCAGAAUCAUUUCGUAUGAUGAUUGA